AUGUCGAAUUUAUCAAAACUUGAAUUUGUGGCACUUGACAUUUCUGGAAAGAAUUAUUUGUCAUGGGUACUUGAUGCUGAAAUUCACCUUACCGCUAAGGAUUUUGGUGAUAGUAUAAUCGAAGGAAAUACGGCAUCAAGUUUGAAAGGGAGGUAUGACCACCUCAAGGCAACAGUAUUGCCAAGGGCUCGUUAUGAGUGGAUAUACUUACGGUUUCAAGAUUAUAAAACUCAAUAUCGUGAAAAGGGUUUUCAGAAAUACUCUGAAUUGAUCUCAUACCUUCUGGUGGCUGAGCAACAUAAUGAUCUUUUGAUGAAAAAUCAUGAAGCCCGCCCCGCUAGAAGUGCUCCAUUACAGGAGGCACACACGGUUGAUGCACACGGCCAGAAAGGAAAUAAAGGUGGCGCCUCCUCUUCUAAAGCCCGAGUAGAGUCACAUUUGACUCUCAAAGAUGAUAUUCAGGUAGGAUCUUCUCAAAAAUAUAAUGAGAAUGUUGAGGCAAACUUAGCAUUGAAAGAUGAUGCUUUUGAUGAGCUGGAUGAUAUUACUCAUCUGGAAGCUGAGGACUUCUUUGGGGAUCACAAUUGA